CCUGUGGGUGUUUUCUUCUCCUUCAGUUUAGUUAGAACAACUGAACAUGGAGGAUGUGCUCUGGUAUUUCCGACGACUCCUUCACCAUGAAACCGCCACAACAAUUGAAUAGAAGGAAGCGCUGCUCGCUGACUUUUCCUCCCCACGAACACUCACUUCCCUUCCUCUGCUCAUCUGAAGCUGGAGGACGCAUGAAGGAACAUGGACGCCCUGCUUCUGCUUCUAUUCAUACUACUGAUACCCAGCUGUGUGUCUGGUUUCCUCCUCAUGUUGACCCCAAAGAGGUUGUGUCUCCUCGCCCAGAGUCAGGUGGUACUCCUGGGACGCUGUGAUGUCACAAACCCCGCCCAACAGUGGGCGUGGCUGGGCGGUGCCCGGCUGGUGCACACUCAGUCCUCCAGGUGUCUCUGGGCUGACUCCUCUCCCUGGAUGCCGGCCCACGCCCGCCCCACCAGACUGAGCGCCUGCAGCAGAGCGCCGGCGUGGAGCUGCUUCACCAACCGAGCGUUGGGAUUGGCUGAGACUCACAUAUACCUGAAGAAACCGGGGUCCCGGGUCGUGAUGGGGGGGGACCUGCAGAAGUACGAAGUGGACUCAGGGGGGACUCAGCUGAUCACAUCUCUCUGUCCCCAAAGCGACACCACUUCAGUCGCCAUCUUCUUUUCACCCACACUUCAACCACUCGGACUCUCCAGCACCGUCUUCGCCAUCACAAGUCCUGCCAUAACCUUCACGAACCAACGAGCAUCCAACUCAGCAAACGCCCACCGGAGCACCAGAGAUGUCACGUCCUCAGAAGUGCACAGUUCAAUCAGUAAUGGAGCCUCAACACAUGUGAGCGAUAUCAUCAAACCUCCAACCAGGAGGUCGGUAACGACAGACUUCAGUCCUGAUGUUUCAACUUCAGUCACAGAGCUGUCAGCUCUAAGUGACAGCCAUAUUGUUUCCUCAAGUCCGGCUGCGUUCACCUCAGUCCAAUCCACUGAAGUUUUGGAGAGUUUGUCAGCUACACAUGUUCUUCAACGUGGGACCUCCUCCUCCUCAACUAGCAAUGAUCCAGAGUCUGUAACGGCAAUUGUGACUCUGGUUUCCUCCACAGCUUCCUCAGAGACAACUGACCUUCUGGGCACAUCAGAAGUCACCUCCAAGGUCAUCUAUGAGGUCACGUCUGAGGUCCCUGUCACCUCUGAGGUCACCUCCGAGGUCCUACUCACCUCUGAAGUCCCAGUCACCUUCGAGGUUAGCUCUAAGGUCAUCUCCAAGGUCCCAGUCACCUCUGAGUUCACCUCUCAGGUCACCUCCGAGGUCCUACUCACCUCCGAGGUCCCAGUCACUUCUGAGUUUACCUCUCAGGUCACCUCCAAGGUCCCAGUCACCUCCGAGAUCCCAGUCACUUCUGAGUUCACCUCUCAGGUCACCUCCGAGGUCCUACUCACCUCCGAGGUCCCAGUCACUUCUGAGUUCACCUCUCAGGUCACCUCCGAGGUCCUACUCACCUCUGAGGUCCCUGUCACCUCCGAGGUCCUACUCACCUCUGAAGUCCCAGUCACCUUCGAGGUUAGCUCUAAGGUCAUCUCCAAGGUCCCAGUCACCUCUGAGUUCACCUCUCAGGUCACCUCCGAGGUCCUACUCACCUCCGAGGUCCCAGUCACUUCUGAGUUUACCUCUCAGGUCACCUCCAAGGUCCCAGUCACCUCCGAGAUCCCAGUCACUUCUGAGUUCACCUCUCAGGUCACCUCCGAGGUCCUACUCACCUCCGAGGUCCCAGUCACUUCUGAGUUCACCUCUCAGGUCACCUCUGAGGUCCUACUCACCUCUGAGGUCCCUGUCACCUCCGAGGUCCUACUCACCUCCGAGGUCCCAGUCACUUCUGAGUUCACCUCUCAGGUCACCUCCGAGGUCCUACUCACCUCUGAGGUCCCUGUCACCUCCGAGGUCCUACUCACCUCUGAAGUCCCAGUCACCUUCGAGGUUAGCUCUAAGGUCACCUCCGAGGUCCCAGUCACUUCUGAGUUCACCUCUCAGGUGACCUCCGAGGUCCUACUCACCUCCGAGGUCCCAGUCACCUCUGAGGUCACCUCCAAGGUCCCAGUCACCUCCGAGAUCCCAGUCACUUCUGAGGUCACCUCUGAGGUCACCUCCGAGGUCCCAGUCACCUCUGAGGUCCCUGUCACCUCUGAGGUCAGCUCUCAGAUCACCUCUGAGGUCCCAGUCACCUUCGAGGUCAUCUUUGCGGUCCCAGUCACCUCUGAGGUCCCGGUCACCUCUGAGGUCAGCUCUCAGGUCACCUCUGAGGUCCCAGUCACCUCUGAGGUCCCAGUCACCUCUGAGGUCCCGGUCACCUCUGAGGUCAGCUCUCUGGUCACCUCUGAGGUCACAGUCACCUCCGAGGUCCCCUUUGAGGUCCCAGUCACCUCUGAGGUCCCAGUUACAUCUGAGAUCACCUCUGAGGUCACCUCUGAGGUCCUGGUCAGCUAUGAGGUCAGCUCCGAGGUCCAGGUCACCUCCGAGGUCAUCUCUGAGGUCAGCUCUGAGGUCAGGUCUGAGGUCAACUCCGAGGUCCCUCUCACCUCCGAGGUCAGCUCUGAGGUCAGGUCUGAGGUCACCUCCAAGGUCCUACUCACCUCUGAGUUUCCGGUCACCUCCGAGGUCCCACUCACCUCUGAGGUCCCGGUCAGCUCUGAGGCUACUGUUGGUUUAUCUGUGAUUUCUGACACUGAGUCAAACCAAGAUACAACUUCUAUAACACAUUCAGUUCCUAACAAGAACCUUUCACCUGCAUCCAACACCACUGCACCUCCUCUUACAACUGCUUAUGUGCCUACAACAAUAGACAUGACGUCUACAUCCGUCAUGGAGAUGCAUCCUCCAUCAACUUGGAAACCCCUGCCGAACAUUUCUCAAACUUCAGCCGAAAUAAUCACGUCGCUGCCGACUGUCUCCACUGUUCAUCCAGAAGGUCGACCAACAUCUCCAACAGCCGGGGUGGCGUCUCCAGAAAGAAUCCCCACCUCAUUCACACCUGUAACAACACCUACAUCCACUCCCACACUUUCAACCACAGAGACUGCAGCCACAACGACUACAGCCAUGACAACUAUCAAAACCACACCACCCACUACUCCAUCCACCACCACAACCAGAACAACACUGGUUGCUCCAACAAGUAGAACAACAACUCCACCUCAGCCCACGACUUUGGCAUCAACCACCACAACACCUACUUCCUGCUGCUCCGUAAACAUCACAGACGUCAGCUCGAGCUCCCGUUCCGUCGCGGUGACAUUCACCUCCGCCGGUGUCUCUUGUACCUUCAACCUGACCGCUGAUGGGGAAUCAGGGGCCGGUGUCUCUGGUUGUGACCCGGAUGGAGAGUCCAAGAACAGCUUCACCUGUCGGAUCCCGGGUCUGGAUCCCGGAACCUUGUACUGUUUAACGCUGAUGUCUAAGGAGGACGGAGAGAGGAGACACGUGUUUGUGCACACAGACCCGGUCGGUCCGGCUAGGCUGGUGGUCCAGCUGGACCAGGCUCAAAACCAGUCUGCAGGCCACAGUGGUUCUCCGGGUCUGCAGGUAUCCUGGUCUCGUUCUGCAGGUCACGUGGACUGGUAUGACGUGACUCUGGAGGACUCCAGUUCCGGAACCACAUUUAGGACCAGAAUCAUGGACUCAGCAAUCCCCCGGUCUGGUUUCAGCUCUUUGGUCCCCGGGACUACAUACAUCGUCAGCGUAGUGGCUUCAGCCGGGAACAAGACCGCCCCACCUGUCCACAGGAGGGCCUCAACAGCACCAUCGACUGUCCACAAUCUCCAGGUGGCAUCUUUGUCCUCAGACAAGCUCCGUGUGUCCUGGCGGAGCGGUCCGGGCCGAACUGAGCUCUUCAGGGUUCUGCUGACGGAUCCGGACCGGGUUCUGUGGAAGAACAUCUCUCUGCCGAACACCGAAACCUCCACUGAGCUGGACGGGCUGCGACCCGGCACCCUAUAUGCCGUCACCGUGGAAACAGAGGCUUUCGGCCUGAAAAGCCGCACCUCCAAACAGGCGGUCACAGUCCCAGCACUGGUCUCAGAUCUGAGGUUGGACAACAACGGCAGCUCUGACAGUCUGCAGGCCUCCUGGGUGUCACCUGUCGGCGGCAUGGACAUCUACCUGGCGACUCUGACGGGUUUGGGUUUGCCCACUCAGGAGCGCCGUCUACAUCCCAAUAUUACCCAACUGGUAUUUGGCGGUCUGACCCCUGGUCGCAGCUACCAGCUGUGUAUCAGGACAACCGCCGGAGGACAGAGCUCAAUGGCCAGGACCAGCGGGAGGACAGUCCCUCAGCCGGUGCCGUCUCUCUCCAUGACGCCCCUCAGUGACAGCAGCACCCUGAAGCUCAGCUGGACGCCCCCCAGAGGAGAUUGGGAGAAGUACAGUGUCCUUCUGAGGGACGGCUUGGUGGUCCUGGUGAACCAGAGCGUCAGUAAACCAAGCCGACUUCACCUCUUCUCCGUCCCCGGUCUGGUGCCGGGUCGACUCUAUGGGGCAGAGGUCACGGUUCACAGUGGCUUUCUGGGUAACACGGCUCACUGCCAGGGGCAACUGGCCCCUCGUCCCGUGCAGCAGCUGCUCGUCCGUCACGCUGAUGAAACCACGCUGAGUGUCUUCUGGAGUCCGCCAGUCGGAGAAUGGGACGGCUUCACUGUGCUCCUCAGACAGGCGAAGCCCAUCACCAUUGUGGAUCAGAAAACCCUCUCCUGGGGGUCCAGAGAUUGCACCUUCAACACCCUCACCGCAGCCCGCCUUUACGCCGUCAGCGUGACAACCAACAGUGGCAACCUGACCAGCAGUCAGGUUUCCGUGACGGCUUGGACCAGUCCGGCCCCGGUCACCAGGCUGCAGGUCUCCAGCCACGGCAGCACCGACAGCCUGCAGACGCAGUGGGACCGGGUCUUUGGAGACCUGGAUUCGUAUCGGGUCCUACUGGUCCAGGACAGCAGUGUCAUCAAGAACCAGAGUGUGUCGGCUGAGACCUCCAGCAUCGUCUUCCACACUCUGAGGCCCGGAGCUCUGUACCGAGUGGUGCUGACCAGCGUCAGGGCCGGACAGACUUCCAGACAGACUGUAGCCGAGGGACGCACGGCCCCAGCUGCAGUGGGCGAGGUGACGGUCAGUAACAAUGGCCGUCUGGACUUCCUGAGCGUGUCAUGGCGUCCGGCUCCAGGUGAGGUGGACAGCUACCUGGUGACGCUGAGCGACCGCCACAAGACGCUUCACACCGUCUCGGUGUCUAAAUCCAGUCCAGAGUGUGUCUUCAACUCUUUGGUGUCUGGACGUCUCUACAACAUCUCCAUCGCCUCCCGCAGCGGCCCCCACCUCAACCACACCUUCAUCCAGGAGAGGACACAGCCGUCGCAGGUCAAGAACCCGACCGCAACCCACGCAGCGCGGGACGACUACCUGAAGGUGUAUUGGCGUCAAGCCGCUGGAGACUUUGACUUCUACCAGGUGUUCAUCAAACACAAUAACAUGUUCCUGCAGAACAAGACGGUUCUGAAGACGCAGAACGAGUGUGUGUUUACCGGCCUGGUGCCCGGCAGACUCUACACGGUGCUGGUGAGCACCUGGAGCGGGAAGUACGAAACCAGUGCAUCCACUCACGGCCGGACCUUUCCAGCUGCAGUCCGGUCCCUAGUUCUUGCUGGACGGGGUACCGAGGACCUGCGUGUGAUAUGGUCUGCUGCCCUGGGGGACCUUGAUCACUACGAAGUGCAGCUGCUGUUCAACGACAUGAAGGUGUUUCCUCCGAUCACUCUGGGCAGCGCCGUGGGAGAGUGUGUGCUGUCAUCGCUCACACCUGGACGGCUCUACAAUAUUCUUGUUUCUACUUUCAGCGGCCCCAACCAGAGGGCCCAGUUCAUCGAAGGCCGUACAGUUCCCAGUAAAGUGAAAAACAUCCACAUCAGUAACAGUGGAGACAGCAGCAGUCUAAAGGUGAGCUGGACUUCCGGUCAGGGUGACGUGGACGGAUACUCUGUGUUUCUGUACAGACAGGACAGACAGCUGGACGUCCGGCUCGUCCUCAAACACCACAGCGAGGUGACGUUCGGCUCUCUGCAGCCGGGACAGAUGUAUAGUGUGACGGUUCAGUCCGUCAGCGGAGACCUGCUCAACAACAACACAGCCACAGGACGCACUGUGCCCUCAGCAGUGACUGGGGUGCAGGUGGAGGAGCUCCAGUCCACCUGCAGCCUACAGGUGAGCUGGCAGGAUGCUCUGGGAGUGUCUGAUGGGUACGUCCUGCAGCUUCUGGAUGACCGAAGCAGUCUGGUGACCAACUCCUCUCAACCCUCCGGACACACCAGGUUCAGGUUUGACGCCCUCACCCCAGGAAAGAGGUACCGAGUUCUAGUCCAGACCACCAGCGGGGGUGUCCACAGCCAGGGAGUCAGUGCUGGGGCUCGAACACGUCCUGCAGCUGUCAGUGAUCUGUCCAUUAAAGACAACACCACCACCCACCUGUCCUUCCAAUGGUCUCCACCUGACGGAGAGUUUGACGUUUAUGAUAUUUUCUUGUAUAAAAGCGACGACUCGCUGCAGGAGAGACGACGCGGCCAGUCCAGCAGUCAGCAGUGCUCCUUCCAGGGUCUCAGACCUGGAGCUCCAUACAGGAUGGUGGUGGUGACCCAGAGCGGAGAGCAGACCAGCCAGUCCUCCAUCUGGGCCCGGACCGUUCCGGCAGCCGUGGUGUCUCUGAAGGCUCACAGUGGAAACCAGUCUGAUGCUCUGUGGGUGAACUGGGAUCGUGGCAGUGGGGACCUGAGUGGGUACCUGCUGUCUCUCUACGACCCCGACGGCUCUCAGCGGGCCGCACAGACGCUAGGCUCAGGGGCCACAGAGUUUGUCUUCUCGGACCUGGUGCCCGGUCGACUGUACCGAGCCGAGGUGUUGAGCCUCAGCGGAGAGCUGAGCAACAGAGCCAGCACACUAGGAAGGACUGCGCCCAGACCCCCCACCUCCUUCCUGUUUGGGGGGGUCACCAACACCUCUCUGGAGGUUUCCUGGAGCGGCCCCGUCGACUCCGACUACGAUGACUUCGACCUGCAGUGGACUCCUCGGGACCGGCUGUCCGUCAUCGACCCGUACCACAGCCGCACCUCCGGCAGCCGCAUCCUGAGAGGGAUGUUCCCCGGACGCCUGUACGCCUUCAGCCUCCGAAGCGUCAGUGGAGCCAUGGAGCCGGGGACCACGCCCACCUGUAGCAUAGCCAUUCACAACAGCAUCCGGACCAAACCGGAGCGAGUCCACAGCCUCCACUGUCGCCCUCAGAGCUCCACCUCCAUCUGCUGCUCCUGGGGGCCCCCAGAGGCCGACUACGACUCCUACACCAUCGAGUGUCUUCACCAGGACUCCCAGGUCCUGGUCUACUCGCGCCGCACCGGCAGAGACUCCACCGGCUACCUCAUCACCCAGCUGGAGCCCCACAAGCGCUACGCCGUCUCCGUAAAGGUGAUCUCGGACCGGACCACCAGCGAGGAGGCUCGAGACAGCGUGGUGACCAUGAUCGACCGUCCUCCGGUGCCCCCCCUCAGUACCCGGGUCAGUGGCAGGACCGCUGUGGUCACCAAGUCCUCCAUCUUCUUCAGGUUCAACUGCAGCUGGUUCAGUGACGUAAAUGGAGCCAUCAAGUUCUUCACUGUGGUGGUGACAGAGUCCCAAGGGGAGGAUGUGGAGCAGCCAGACCAGCAGCACCCCCUGCCCUCCUACCUGGACUACCAAUCCAACAGCUCCGUGAAGUCCUACCAGACCAGCUUCUUCCCCAGCCGAUGCGCAGAUGGCCCCGACAGCAGCUCCCACAGCUUUGAGCUGAGUCUGGGGACAGGAGUGGACUCACUGGGGGGCCCCUGUGACCGCAGAGACUCCGACCUGGAUCCAGAGACCAGCAGAGACCUGAACCUGUUCUGUGACGGACCACUAAAACCUAAAACCUCCUACAGGCUCAGCGUCCGAGCGUUCACUCAGCUGUUCGACGAAGAGAAGAACGAGUCUCUGUUCAGCGACACCUUCCUGUCGCCGCCUGUGGUCACCGAGGCCGAGCCUCUGAGCGGGGUGAUGGAGGGCGUCGGUGCCGCCAUGUUCCUCGUGGUCACCGUGGUGGGCGUCGCCGCCCUGCUGUUCUGCAGAAGAACGGCUCGCAAAGAAGUUCAGGAGAGAUCGACUGUCAGGAUGAAUGUGAGGAGAGAGAUGCCGACAUCAGGAUUCCACCUGGGAGUCAGAGGAAACCGUCGAGUCUCAAGUCCCAUCAAGAUCCUGAACUUUGAGAGUCACUACAACAAGCUGCAGGCCGACUCCAACUACCUGCUGUCAGACGAGUACGAGGAUCUAAAGGACGUCGGUCGUAAUCAGCUGCUGGACUCAGCUCUGCUGCCGGAGAACCGCGGCAAGAACCGGUACAACAACAUCCUGCCCUAUGACUCCACAAGGGUGAAGCUCUCCUACGUAGAUGAUGAUCCGUGCUCCGACUACAUCAACGCCAGCUACAUGCCUGGGAAUAACUUCCGGCGGGAAUACAUCGCCACACAGGGUCCUCUGCCGGGAACCAAAGAUGAUUUCUGGAAGCUGGUCUGGGAGCAGAAUGUACACAACAUGGUGAUGGUCACUCAGUGUGUGGAGAAAGGCAGGGUGAAGUGUGAUCACUACUGGCCCUUUGAUCAGGACCCUCUGUACUACGGAGACCUGAUCGUCCAGAUGAUGUCAGAGUCCGUCCUCCCUGAGUGGACCAUACGGGAGUUCACCAUCUGCAGCGAGGAGCAGCUGAGCUUCACCCGGUUGGUCCGUCAGUUCCACUACACCGUGUGGCCUGAUCAUGGAGUCCCAGAGACCACGCAGUCCCUUAUCCAGUUUGUCCGGACUGUGCGGGACUACAUCAACAGAAGUCCUGGAUCUGGACCCACCGUGGUCCACUGCAGUGCCGGAGUCGGUCGGACUGGGACCUUUAUCGUUCUGGACCGGGUUCUGCAGCAGCUGGACUCCAAGGACACACUGGAUAUCUACGGCUCCGUGUUUGACCUGCGACUCCACCGGUCACACAUGGUGCAGACAGAGUGUCAGUAUUCGUACCUCCAUCAGUGUGUUUGUGACGUUCUCAAAGCCAGAAAGCUCCAAAGUGAGCAGGAAAACCUCCUCUACCCCGUCUAUGCAAAUGUCAACUACAACUUACAAAGAGAGAUCCUGUGCAGACGUUGACAAUUCUAUCGAUAUGUUUGAUUACUGAUCAAUAUCUUUGAAUUCUGAUCAAUAUGUUUAGCACUACAAUGAAACCUGUCAAUGCUGUCAAUUCUUCUGUAAAAUACAGAAUAAUAUCAACAGAACUGUACAUUUACUUUGUAUAUGUAUAUAUUUCUUUUAGAGAUAUAUUUCUAAAUAAUGUGUUUUCAUUGUGUUUUAUGAGCUUUGAUAUUUGCACAUUGCAGUUAUCAUUUAAAAUAAUCACAUGCUCCUCCAAAGUGUAAUUUUCUGUUUGUUCAGAGGAAGAUUCAUAAUGAGGAGGAGGAGGGUAGCUCCUUCAUGUUUCUGUAAAAACAAACUGCAUCUUAUUUAUGAUCAAAAGUUUGGAUGUGUUUCUGUGUAAAACAGCUGAAUCAACGUGUCAAAUGAUAGACAGCAGACAUCCUAAAGUGUUUAUUAAUAUAUUAUUCUCCUAUGAAGACACAUUCUUUAAUAGUACAGCUUUCCUUUCCUAUAUUUAGUAUUUCUUUAUUCAGCAGACAAUGUGUCUGUGUCUUCAGGUGGAGUUAUAGUUGUACACAGAUAUAUAUAUAUUGUACAUGAUAAGCACAAUAAAUAACUCAAAGAGAAUCA